AGUAGAUUCAGCCGAGCCCAAUUUAGUGUUGCACACGUUUGUUUUGUUUACGUGUGCUGAGAAGCUAUCCUAGCUAGCCACAAGCAACAUCUUUUAAACCAAUUUAUGCUGAACUGAUACUAAAAAAUAAUGAAACCCGCAGUGGACGAGAUGUUCCCUGAAGGAGCUGGACCGUACGUGGAUCUGGACGAGGCAGGAGGCAGCAGCGGCCUGCUAAUGGACCUGGCGGCCAAUGAAAAAGCAGUGCACUCUGAUUUCUUCAACGACUUUGAGGAUCUGUUCGACGACGAUGACCUGCAGUGACAACAGCAUCUGAACGUGUCUCUGUGAACGUGUACAUAAGAAAAUGGGCUUAUUCUGACUACAAGUUCUCUCUUAUUUGUACAGUCCCCCACCUCCUACAUGUCACAUACCAACAUACUGAAAUAAAGUCUUUUUCGUUUUUACAAAAAA